GACAGCCUCAAGCCAUGUCCUUGCCUGCCCUCUCUCUCACCGACUUCAUGUCUCGAGAAACACUCUUAUUGCUUCCUUCCCAUACAUCACUAAGGUAGUUAUGAAACAAUCGGAAGCACUGCUACCAUGUCUCCCCGCGACUCCCCGACCCAUGACUCUUAUACCAUCCUUUACUCCCUCAUCUCCAGGCAGCAGAACAAAAAUGAGCAUGUUUCCUUACAUAAUCGCACUUCUUCCUCUCUUCCUAUUUCUACUACGUUUCCUCUGUUUCUCUUUCUCCUUUCCUUUUCCUUCUCAUGCAUCUGCAUCUCAGCCGAGUCUUCCCUUCUCCUGUCUUUUGCAAGUCUCAAAUCACUAAAUCAUUCCCACAGUGUCUACGUCUCGGACUUUCUUCAUCCAGAGCCAAGUCCUUUCCUCUCCUUGCUUCCAUGCGACACAUACACACUAACUCUGAACAGCUUCUGGAUCCCUGGAUCCCCCGUGAUCGCUUUUCUUUCCCAGAGCUAAGUCCCCAUCACCUCCUCUUUCCCCCCCCCCCCCCCCCCCCCCCCCCCCCCCCCCCCCCCCCCCCCCCUUUUCCUUCCCUCCCUUCUUCGCCUUCUUUACUGACUCUUGUGUCUUGCAG